AUGCCAAGUCCGAACGAUUACACGGUAGGGUGGAUCUGCGCCAUAACCACAGAAUAUGUGGCGGCUCAAGCUUUCCUGGAUGAGAAACACGAUGCACCUGAAUACGUAUCCCCGAACGAUAAUAAUAUAUAUACAUUAGGAAAAGUCGGGAAACACAAUAUUGUAAUUUCUUCUCUACCUGAUGGAGAGUAUGGCACAGCCGCCGCAGCAAGCGUCGCCAGAGAUAUGUUGCGCAGCUUCCCUAAUGUUCGGAUUGGUUUAAUGGUCGGCAUUGGCGGCGGCGCUCCUAGCCCUGAGCAUGAUGUUCGUCUAGGAGACGUUAUCGUCAGUGCUCCGCGCAAUGGGCAAGGUGGCGUGAUCCAGUAUGAUUUUGGCAAAACAAUUCAGAGCCAAGCCUUUCAAAGCACAAGGUUCCUAGACCAGCCUCCCACGCUCUUGCGAGGCGCCGUGCAUGGCCUAAAGGCCCAGUACGAAAUCGAGGGCCAUCGUUUUCAAGAAACAAUCAAUAAUGUCCUCGAACAAAUGCCGAGGCUUCAGAAGAAAUACCAGCGACCACAUCUAAGUACCGACAGGCUCUACCGCAGUCAAGUGGUCCACCCCUCGGAUAGCAAUUCAACUUGCGCAGUGGCCUGUGGCAAUGAUGGGUCAACGCUGUUGUUACGACAACCAAGAGCUAAAGACGAAGAUAAUCCAGCCAUCCAUUACGGCCUAAUUGCAUCGGGCAACCAGCUAAUGAAGGAUGCUUUAAUUCGAGAUCGGCUUAUAUGCGAGAAGGGAGUCUUAUGCUUCGAAAUGGAAGCAGCAGGGUUAAUGAAUCACUUUCCUUGUUUAAUCAUUCGUGGAAUAUGUGAUUACUCAGACUCGCAUAAGAACAAAGACUGGCAGGGUUAUGCCGCGAUGACGGCAGCCGCCUACGCUAAAGAUCUAUUACAGCAGAUUGCUCCGAAUAGGAUUGAGAUUUUAGAUGCUCUCUCGGGAGUUAAAGAGGGUAUCAAUCAACUUGUCCGUACACAACAUGAUAAAGAGCAUGCCACUAUCCUUGACUGGCUCACUCCAGUAGACUACGGCCCACAACAGAGCGAUUAUUUAAGACGACGGCAGGAAGGAACCGGAAAAUGGCUUAUCGAUUCAGACCAGUUCCAGAAAUGGCUGGGGGACGAGAUCGAGAACCGCACAUUAUUCUGCCCAGGUAUCCCAGGCGCAGGCAAAACAAUUCUAUCGUCAAUUGUGAUUGACUAUCUUUCCUUGGAGUUCCAAGAUAAUCCAAAAAUAGGUCUUGCAUAUAUCUACUUUAACUACAAGAGACGAGACGAGCAGACGAUUUAUAGCUUACUAGCCAGCCUGCUGAAGCAGCUAGCCGAAUACCAGUCUUCUCUGCCAAAGGUCUUACAGGACCUCUAUGAUCGACACAAAACGAAGAGGACAAGACCAUCCAUCGAAGAACUCGCUCAUGCUCUUCAUUCCGUUGCAGCGAUAUACUCUAGAGUUUUUAUUGUGGUUGACGCCCUCGACGAGUGUGAAUCGUCUGACGGCCGGCGGUCAAAAUUACUAUCCGAAAUUUUUGCACUCCAAGACAAGUGUGGAGCAAAUCUUUUAGUAACCUCUCGAAUCAUUACAGAUAUUACGGAAACGUUUCACAGCGUCCCUACAUUAGAAGUUCGCGCAACUGAGGAGGAUAUUCGAAAAUACCUAAGUAGCAACAUGUUUCAACUUCCGCAAUUCGUCCUACACAAUCCUAUUCUGCAAGAACAAAUCAUCACUUCUAUCCUUGAGGUUGUUCAAGGAAUGUUUCUCCUUGCCCAGCUACAUCUAGACUCGUUAAAAGGGAAAACAAGACCUAAGGCUAUCACAGCCGCUUUAAAAAACCUAGCAAGUGGGUCUAAUGCAUACGAGCAGGCGUAUGACGAAACUAUGGAACGGAUUACAAGCCAAUAUAAGGACCGGGUGCAGCUUGCUAAAUCAAUUCUGUGUUGGAUCACAUACGCAGGGAGACCGCUUACUGCAACUGAGCUUCAACAUGUGCUUGGGGUAGAGCCAGGAGAGUCAGCAAUUGACGAACAAAAUCUGCCAGAUAUUGAACUCAUAGUCUCUGUAUGUGCUGGCCUAAUUACCAUCGACAAUGAAAGUAACAUCACACGGCUGGUCCACUACACAGCGCAAGAAUACCUCCAACGAACGCACAAGAAAUGGUUCCAGGAGCCCCAAUCGGAAAUCACAACGGUAUGUGUUACCUACCUCUUGUAUAAGGAGUUUGAGAGCGGAGCUUGCAGCAGCGAUGAGGCCUUUGAGUCCCGCUUAAAAUCAUAUCCGUUUUACGAAUAUGCCUCACAUUAUUGGGGCCACCAUGCACGUCAAGCAUGUGUAAAAAUCCCUAGUAUCAUGGAGCUAUUAGAGAAUAUGACCAAAGUGGAAUCAUCAUGCCAAGUGUUAAUGGCCGAGAAGCGAUGGGACAAUGACGGAUAUUAUUACAGUGGACGAUUCCCACGGCAUAUGACAGGAUUGCAUUUAGCAGCUUAUUUUGGGAUCAGCGAUGCGGCCAAGCUUCUACUCGAAAGGACCAUCAACAUUGAAGCCACGGAUAGUUAUGACAGGACACCGCUCCAUUAUGCUGCGUCGAACAGGCAAGAGGCCGUCGUGCAGCUGCUUAUUAAGCAAGGCGCUGACAUCAAAGCCAUAGAUAAAGAUGGCCAGACGCCGCUUCACCACGCUAUUGCAUCGCACGGAUACAAAGCGAUUAUCCAGCUGCUUAUUGAGCGAGGCGCUGAUAUCGAAGCCAAGGAUAAAGAUGGCCAGACGCCGCUUCACCACGCUGCAUCGCACGGACACGAAGCGAUUAUCCAGCUGCUUAUUGAGCGAGGCGCUGAUAUCGAAGCCAAGGAUAAAGAUGGCCAGACGCCGCUUCACCACGCUCCAUCGCACGGACACGAAGCGAUUAUCCAGCUGCUUAUUGAGCGAGGCGCUGAUAUCGAAGCCAUAGAUAACAGUGGCCGGACGCCGCUCCUCCAGGCCACGUGGGAUGGGCAAGAAGCGGUUAUCCGGAAGCUUAUUGAGCAAGCCGCUAACAUCGAAGCUACGGAUAGCGAUGGCAGGACGCCCCUCCAUUUGGCUGCGUUCCUUGGGGAAACUGGAAUUAUCCGGCAGCUUACGGAGCAAGACGCCAACAUUGAAGCCAUGGAUAAUAAUGGCCAGACGCCGCUCCACAGCGCU